AUGUCUUCAAUUACUCCUUUCCUCGCUCCGACCGACGGUACCGUACGCCCGAUGACCCAGAAGCAGUUUGUCUGCUCUAUUGGACCCCGCGAUCAUCAGAAUCCCAUGCUGAAGAUCCCCCUCUGCAAGUCUUGUCUUCGCACUACCACCAGCCUUGGCAAAGAGACGAAUUGCAUCUUCAAGGUGAUGAUCUGCGAAGCUUGCCAAGUCGUCAACAUUGCUCAACGAUUCCCAGGAAACGGCUCAACUACCCAGCAGCCUACGCAC